CUCGGUAUUUAUCCUCGCCCGUCUCGUCUGCUCACCGUUACAAUGCGCACACGGAGGACAGGUGCGUGGAAAGACGCGUUCCUCUGAGGACGCGUGACCUUCAGGAGGAAUGGGGGAAACCAUCUAGACCUGCUCGUCUCACUGCGGCUGCUACAGAGCUGCAGAAAAAUCACAUCAAGGAGUCCAAACAGGAUGAUGCUUCCCGGUCAAACCUGCUUGGUUUCGCUCCCCUCUCCUCGCCCUGCUCCCAGAGUUCAGACGCCUCACCGCCAGCCUGAGCACCCAUAAGCCCUCGCUGCCGUCCUCCUCGUUGGUCCGCCUGGCUGACAUCCCAGAGAGGCGAUGCGACGGUUCGUCUACUGCAAGGUGGUGUUGACCACCUCCUUAGUGUGGGUGCUGGUGGACGUGUUCUUGCUGCUGUACUUCAGCGAGUGUAACAAAUGUGACGACAGGAAGGACCGCUCGCUGCUUCCUGCCCUCCGAGCAGUAAUAUCUCGGAGUCACGAGGGGCCGGGCGAGAUGGGAAAGGCAGUGAACGUCCCCAAAGACGACCAGGAGAAAAUGAAGGAGAUGUUUAAGAUAAACCAGUUCAACCUGAUGGCCAGCGACAUGAUUGCGCUCAACAGGAGUCUCCCAGACGUGAGGCUGGAUGGCUGCAAGACCAAGGUGUACCGAGAUGACCUCCCCAGUACCAGCAUCGUCAUUGUGUUUCACAACGAGGCGUGGAGCACGCUGCUGCGGACCGUGCACAGCGUCAUCAACCGCUCUCCCAGACACCUGUUAGUUGAGGUUAUACUGGUGGAUGAUGCCAGCGAGCGAGACUUCCUGAAGAAGAAGCUGGAGAGUUACGCGCGGACUCUGGAGGUGCCAGUGAGGGUCCUGAGGAUGGAGCAGCGUUCGGGUCUGAUCAGAGCCAGGCUCAGGGGGGCCGCCGCCACCACCGGCCAGGUCAUCACCUUUCUGGACGCUCACUGCGAGUGUACCACCGGCUGGCUGGAGCCCCUGCUGGCUCGCAUCAAAGAGGACAGGACAGCAGUGGUGUGUCCCAUCAUCGACGUCAUCAGCGACGAGACAUUUGAAUACAUGGCGGGCUCAGAUAUGACUUACGGGGGGUUCAACUGGAAGUUGAACUUCCGAUGGUACCCUGUCCCGCAGCGGGAGAUGGAUCGACGCAAGGGGGACAGGACACUUCCCGUCAGGACUCCCACCAUGGCAGGAGGGUUAUUCUCCAUAGACAAAGCAUAUUUUGAAGAAAUUGGAAGCUAUGAUCCAGGGAUGGAUAUCUGGGGUGGAGAGAAUCUGGAAAUGUCUUUUAGAAUCUGGCAGUGUGGCGGCUCCUUGGAAAUCGUAACAUGCUCGCACGUGGGCCAUGUUUUCCGAAAGGCCACCCCAUACAGCUUCCCCGGAGGAACGGGCCAAGUCAUCAACAAGAAUAACCGGCGCCUGGCUGAAGUCUGGAUGGAUGAAUUCAAAGAUUUCUUCUACAUCAUAUCGCCAGGUGUGAUGCGGGUUGAUUACGCAGACGUCUCCUCCCGUAAAGCCCUCCGCGAGGCCUUGAAGUGCAAACCCUUUUCCUGGUAUCUAGAGAACAUCUACCCAGAUGCCCAGAUCCCAAGACGAUACUACUCACUUGGUGAAAUCAGAAAUGUGGAGACCAACCAGUGUGUGGACAACAUGGGAAGGAAGGAGAACGAGAAAGUUGGCUUUUUCAACUGUCAUGGCAUGGGUGGAAACCAGGUGUUCUCGUACACGGCGGAUAAAGAAAUCAGGACAGAUGACCUGUGUCUGGAUGUCUCCCGCCUCAACGGACCUGUCGUGAUGCUUAAGUGUCACCACAUGAAGGGCAACCAGAUGUUUGAGUACGAUGCUGAGCGACUCACGCUGCUGCAUGUGAACAGCAACCAGUGUUUGGACAUGCCGUCCGAGGAGGACAAGAUGGUCCCCACCCUGAGGAACUGCAACGGCAGCCGCUCGCAGCAGUGGCUGCUCCGUAACAUGACCCUGAGCGGCUGAUCCCUCGCCUCACUACCCUCCCGCCCCCGUCUCCCCGCCGCUCUGUCCUCCUCCUCCUCUUUCUCACCUGUCCAGGCUCUGCUACCUCGCCAGGUGGUUUGCUACCACACGCUGCAUAACGCUUCGUCUUCUUACCACCUGACCAACAAACUACAGAUCCCGGGAGCAGCAGUGGCGGCUUGAUGUCCCGUUAUGGAGGCACGUCCUUUUUGAAAGCUCGCCACAGGUUUGAGAAGACCGCUGCUUCGACCGCAGGAAGAGGCGGAGCUCUGGGGCUCUUGUUGAGCCCAAGCUGGGAGAACGAUGGAUUGGGCAACACUGGCUGUCAGAUGGCUGUCAGUGUGGCGCUUCAGACUGCUGGACAAACAGUUUACCAGAGGAAACAUCUAGAAUAUUCCAAGGCACCACUCUGAGGUGUUGAUGGCUUUUCUUGAGUACAUGGUUUCAUGGACAAGAGGGUUGCUGCUCACCGUCUUUCCAUAUCAGUUUUUUUUUCAGAUUAAAGGAAAAAAACAAAUCCUGGGGGAUAUGUGAAGUACUGCUGAUAGUUUAGGAGCUUUAAAACAAUCAAAGGGCCAAAAAUCAGCUAAUAUUUCAGUUUUUUUAAACCACGUUUGGUGUUGUAAACUGUAUUUAUACAUACCACAGCAAUUAUCUAUAUCUAUUUUAAAAGUAUCACGCUUUAAGCUGAUUCUGGCAUCAUCCGAAUGUCGCCACCGUUAAAGACACGCUGUUGACGUUCGUGACUGCAGGAUGUGACAGGCCUGUGAAACCGACCGGCGAACGCUGAUGCAAGACUGUACCAUCAGCACCUGGAAAUCUUAGUCUUUUUUUUUUUUUUGUCUUUUGAGUUUGCAUUCAAUUGGGAAAGUAGCAAGCAAUUCCACCCAGCUUCCUGGGAGAGACUGUUCCUACCCAUGGAAGACACUUACGCGGGGGUGCAUUUCAUUGUAAAACAGUGGAUGCAAUUAAGUGUUUUCCUCCUGAUCAAAUGCAUGCGAAAACAAGAAAAUCUCUGCUAUUCUCCGAGGCUGUUUCCUUGAGGAGUAACACUGUAAUGAGGGUCCUUUUUUAAAUUUGGUUAAGUACUUCUGAAAUGUCAUGAUGUUAAAUGAGCAGUGAAGUGGCAGAUUGCUCUCUGCUGCAUAAACCCUACGACAAGGACCCGCUCCGCUCCGCCUUUGAUCAGCUUACGUCGACACUUUCACCAUAACCUGAUUAAUUUUUACCUCACUUCUCACCAAUUUCACACUUAUUGCACAAUUCUGCAGCCAAUCAGGGAGCUCGGUGUCCUAGAAUCUUUAACGAGCUUUAGCCGGGCCCGUGGCAAAAAUAAAACGAUCCUCCGUAAAUAUCACUGGCUCGAUCCGGGGUCAGGAAAACAUGACUCUUAUUGUCAUGUGAUUCCAUGUGGAUGAAGACGUAAUCGGACACAUUUAUGUUUCACUCUCGCCAACGGGCUCUCUCUCCGAUGUGACACGCUGGAACUUUUACAAACGAAUAAGAAACCGUGGAAGCCGGCGUGGGGGAGACACUGUCUCUAAAAUACCUCAAACAUAACUGUUGAGGUGUUUGGGUGAAAUAAUAUGAACAUAAUGUUUCAUAUUGGUGUAGCAGGAACUGCAGGAACUAUUUUUAGUGGCUUGUUAAAAGAAACUGGAACAUGAAUGUUGACAUUUUACCAAAAUAUCUAUGUGAGAGAAUUAUCAGUCUUUAUCAAUUUCUGGACACUCUACUUUAGGACAAUCUUAAGGAAUCACAAUAUCUUGGAGCGGGAUAAUUACGUGUGCCUUCAGAAAGCUGUUUUUGUUUGGUUCAUUUAAUCAUUUUGUUGUUGACUUAUGUUACUCGUGUUUUCACUCCUGAUUAAAUGCAGCAUCAUAAUAACAUCUCAUGAAUAUUUCAGCGUUCCACGAGUCGCCCGUGCAGACUGUGUCGUUAGUUGGGAUCAGGAAACAAAUGUACAUAAUGCUGCGAACACAUUUCCAGCACCGUCGCCGUUGCACAUACAGAAAGAAUUAUUUUUCUAAGAUGCCAUGAAACUUGAACACUCAGAGAAGAAGGACGCCGAAUGAUGACGAGACCACAGAUACCAAGGUGCUGUUUUGAGAAUGGAGGUUAUUGACACUUGGAAAGUAAAAUAAAAACACACGCUCAGCUUACCUUGUGGCUCUGAGGUUUUUCAGGACCUCAGAUGAGGGUUUGUAAGAGUAAAAUGUUAUUAACGCUACUUGAAUACUGAAUCCUCUUUGAUAUGAAACAUGUUUUAUUGUUUUUCCAUUAUCUUCAAAUGCAUGGUGUUAAAAUAGCAAUGUAAUGUUUCAUUGUGCUGGUUGCAAAGUGAUGUUACCUGUUUGUACGUUUUGCCUUUUUGUAGAAAAAAUGAAAAUAAAAUAAAACUUCUGCUGAACUCAGAA